AUGAAUCCUUCGCAUCCUCCGUAUCCCGGCACAGCCGCACAUCCAGAGAGUUUUGGCAAAAGGAUCGCAGACCCAAGCAUUGAGGUGAUCGUCGGCAACUCACCAAAUGUCUUUAGCUGGAACCUCCCCAUUGCACUCCUCAGUUCCCACUCCAUCUUCUUCGCCAAAGAGAUCGCCCGCCUCAACGCCAUUCGCACCGACAAGGUAGCAAAUAAGAAGUGA